CAGAGAGCGCCGUUAACACCGUCUCCCUCGGCCUCGCGCCCUUCUACUCCAAAAUUUCGCCUCUCCGGCCGCCUCGCUUCCAUGGAGAAACCUCGGAAGCCCCGCGGCUUCCCCGUCGGCUACCGCCCCCGCCGGAAGAAGUUCGCGCGGCUCCCUCCACCCGCAGCGGCCUCCCCCGCCUCUCCGCCGCCCGGGAUCCUACCGCCGCCACCGCCAGCAGCGGCCACCCCCGCCCCUCCUCCGCGCGGGCCUCUCCCGCCGUCACCAACGGCCGCGACCACGGGCCCUCCGUCCAGCCGCCUCCCUCCAUCAUCCUCUGCAGCGCCGACCGCGCCCCCUUCCUCUGGCCUCCUACCUCCACCGCCCCCAUCGAGUGUCCUGCUGCCACCCACUGUAGCACCCACUGUGCCUCUUGGUCGCGUCCUGCUGCCACCGCCCCUCGACCAGUUGACCAGUGCCACCCCCCUACCUCUUGACCUUCCACCACUGCCACCGCCCACGGUUCACCAUCGGAUGGAGAAGCUAACAGAAGCAUUUACACAAACGAAAGAAGCAAUUGAAGCUGAACUCAGUGAUGAGGAUGAUGAGAAAGGCUCAGUGGUGCUAUGGGGCCUGAUGAGAGCAGACUCUCUAAACACAACAUUGGGCUGCUAUACCAUAGACAUGAUUCUCGUUGGUGAUGCCAGUUGCACUUACCCGUUCUUUUCUUGUGUUUAGAAGUGAUUGAUGCUGUGGAGGGCUGUAAAAUCGUGCUUGCAUUUUCCCACUGGUGAUAUUAGUUGGUUGUGGUAAAAAUAACAAUGAACGUAGUAGUAGAAACACCAACAUGCCAACACGCAGGUGGAGUUUAGAACAAGUUUCAAGGAAGAAAUACAUUUGAUAUGGCAAA